AUGUCUAUAACAAGCCCUUCACGACACCAACCACACGACAUCUUCCUCAUCAAUGAACUUCUAGAAAACAUCCUUCUACAUACAGACAUACGAACACUCCUAACAUCUGGCCAGCGGGUAUGUCAAACAUGGAACAACAUGAUAAAGUCCUCAGUCAAGCUCCAAGAGGCCCUCUUCUUCAAAUCAACCAAAACCAAAACCACUGAAAACACCCAACGCCAACGCAAUCCCCUCCUAGAAGAAAUCCUCUGGGCCCAGUUCUUCCUCAAGCAACAAGAAAACUCAGAAUCAAAAGCAGUCGACGUAAGCAGAUUUCCAAUGCGCGAUUGCGACCGCCAGAAAGCAAAAGCGUACUUGCGAAAAGACGCAAGCUGGAAACAGAUGCUGCUGCAACAACCACCAACUUCAUCAAUUGGAGUUCUGGAAAUUAUCAGACGAUCAGACUCGGAGUUCACGAAAUUGAAUGUCAAUACUGACAGCGAGUUUCUCCGCAUGGGUCAUAUUUUGACUCUGCUGCAAGGACGGAGUACUCUAGUCCCAACGCGCAACAAAUGGAUACUAUGGAGUGGACGAUCUCGGAUUCGAAUGCCACUUAAUUUCGAGAUCUGGGCGCCAAAAUGGGUUUAUGAGCCUAGUACACUACAGCCAGUUCAAGAAUGGAUCCCAGAUAAUAUCGACUGGGACAGUCUUCGGUUGGAAGUUGCGUCGAUGUAUUUGAAUGACUUUGAUUGUGAUUUGGUGAUUGUAUCGGAGAGGCGGCAAAAGCUGUUCCAGGGCGAGGAUCGAAUCCAUAAAGAGAGCAAAUUGGAUCGUCGGCUUGAGCGAGUGUUUGGGGAUUGCACUGUUGAGAUGGGGAGGAAGAAGGUUAAUCAUUCUUUUAUUCCUAUUCAUGGCGUUGGGGUUGAUCGGAGGUGGGUUCUUCGACCUUGUUCUGCUAUGCCUCUCGUUCCGACGUGUUGUGCUUCUUGUUCGGAUUCAUCUUCUUCGCGUUCUUCGUUUUCGUCGUCUUUCUAA